AUGGCCACUGAAGUAAUCCAAGUCUCUCUGCCUCCAGUAUUAGUGAACGACAGUCGCCAAGAGAAUGACUCGCCCUUUUCCAGGCCGGGACGGCCCGUGGGACAGUUGGGUAUUGAGGACAUCCCAAAUGACGGGCCCUCAUCCGGCGUCGUCGCCGCUGAAGACGAGACGACUUACCCGACCGGUAUCCGCUUCUGGCUGAUCAUGGCCUGCUACGCCAUGGUCCUCACCUUCAUCGGCCUGGACAUGUCCAUCGUCGCCACCGCCGUGCCCUCCAUCACGGACGAAUUCCACACCGUCGCCGACGUCGGGUGGUACUCGAGCGCCUUCCGGCUCUGCGCCUGCAGCUUCGCCUUCAUGUUCGGCAAGAUCUACAAGCUGUUCCCACUGCGGCCAACCUUCAUGGCGAGCAUCGUCGUGUUCAUGUUGGGGUCCGUCCUCGGCGCCACCGCGCCGUCGUCGAUGGUCUUUGUCGUCAGCCGCGCUGUGUGCGGGCUUGGGACCGCCGGGGUCACCCAGGGGUGCUUUUACAUGCUUGUGCAUAUUGUGCCGUUGAGGAAGAGGCCUCUUAUCGUGGGCAUUCUAAACGGUUUCGAGCUGGUGGCAAACAUCUCUGGGCCCUCGAUCGGGGGGCUCAUUGUCGGCAGCGUGUCGUGGCGAUGGUGUUUCUGGAUUAAUCUCCCGGUUGGAGCAUUGAGCCUUAUUAUCAUCUUCUUUGCCCUCAAGAUCGACCUGAAGGGUCGCUCGCCCCUGACUCUCAGGCAGAAGAUUGUCGAGCUUGAUUUGGUUGGCAACAUGCUCUUCGUUCCGUCCCUGACCUCGCUCUUUCUCGCGCUGUCGUGGGCCGGAACGAAGUAUCCCUGGAGCAGUGGCACUGUGAUUGGACUGCUGGUCACUUUCGCGGUUCUACUUGCCCUGUUUGCUUACGAUCAGAUGCGCCGGGGACAGAAGGCCACCCUCCCUCCACGCAUAUUGGGUAACCGGUCAGUUUUGGCUGGCUUUGUCUUCGCAGCAUGCACCAAUGCCGCGAUGAAUGUAUUCGAGUACUACUUGCCAACGUACUUCCAGUCCGUCCGCGCAUACACUCCCACCAAGUCCGGUUUGAUGAUGCUUCCUUUCCUUGCCGGUUUCCUGAUUGCGAUGUUGGCGCACGGCGCAGGUGUUAGUGCUUUGGGCUACUACGCUCCCUUCAUGUUAUGCGCCAGUGCGUUGAUGCCCGUCUUCGCGGGCUUGAUGACCACAUUCACGACAAGCACAUCCGUGGACAAGAUCGUCGGCUACACUCUGGCCAUGGGUUUCGCCGGCGGUAUUGGCUUCAAUGCUCCGCAGAGCGCCGUCCAGACGGUGCUCCCCGUGAAAGAUGCAUCUACGGGUAUCGCGAUCAUCUACUUUGCUCAGAACUUCGGGCCUGCGGUCUUUGUCGCAAUCGCGCAGACCAUUUUCCUGAAUCGGCUGAGCGAGAACUUGACGGUGCUGGUGCCUGGGCUAAGCCCCAACACAGUGAACCAGAUGGGUCUGACGGAUUUGAGGACGCUUGUGGGACAACAUGAGCUUCAAAAGGCUUUAGGAAUCCUUGAUCAGAGUUUGAUGCAGACUUGCGGCUCGCCUUUCGGCACCGGCGAUGCUAACGCUCUGUACACGCAUUUCAAACGCAUCUCCGCCAUUAUCGGCGACUACGGCUUCGAGUGCUAA